AUGCAGGCAAACCAGAGUCAAAAAGCAUAUGCUGAGUUCGGGGUGCCUGUGAUCCGAUCUCCCGAUGCGAGAAAGGAUUUGGCAGGGUGGAAGAAGGGCACCGCUGGGCCCGGUAGGGGAAACGUGCGAGCGGCGAUCGAUCUCCUCGGCCCGGCCGUCGGGUCUCCCCGGGCGGACGGCAGCCAGGACGGAGAGCGUGCUCGCCCUGCCUGCACAGGGAACCAGGGCUGGGGCAGGCAGCGCCUGGCUCCCGCAGGAGCCAGAAGGGCUAAAGGCCGGCGCCCCGCCCGGGCCGCGCUGCCGCCGCGGGGCGAGGGUCGCGGGCCGGGCCAUGGCGGCGCGGCGGGAGCUGCUGCCGCGGGGCUCCGUGUGGCGCGGCUGGGGGCGCGGCUGGGACCGCGCCGACCCGCAGGUGAGGGCGGCGGGGCCGGCGGUGACCCCGCUGCUCCCCAGCACGGGCAGUGCCGUGUCCCUCCGUGUCCCCCGUGUUCCCUCCGUGUGCCUCCGUGUCCCUCCGUGUCCCCCGUGUUCCCCCCGUGUGCCCCGUGUCCCCCCGUGUCCCGCCGUGUCCCCCGUCCCCCCAAAUCUUGGAUUGAAGAGGUCUUCAGUAAAAGAGAAUGUGCCCACAUUAUUCCCAUCUCAAAAGAUCCACACAGAUGUCCUAGAGGAUGCCAGGUGUGCCAGAAUUUAAUCAGGUGCUGCUGUGGACGGCUGAUUGGAGAACACCAAGGAUUAGAAUGCAGCUGGCCUGUUUAUCAGGCAGGCUCACAGAGCGAUGGUGGAGAAUGGUCUGUGCAAAAACACACAGAAAUUAGUCCAACAGAUGCAUUUGGUACAAUCAAUUUUCAAGAUGGAGACCACACUUACCAUGCUAAGUAUAUUAGACUUUCUUAUGACAGCAAUUUGGAUCAGCUGCUGCACCUGAUGGUUAAAGAAUGGCAGAUGGAAUUGCCAAAGCUAGUGAUCUCUGUUCAUGGAGGCACUCAAAAUUUCAAGCUUCCUGCAAAGGUCAAGCAGGUUUUCAGCAAAGGGCUGGUGAAGGCUGCCGAGUCUACAGGAGCAUGGAUAAUUACAGAAGGCAUCAACAGUGGAGUGUCCAGGCAUGUGGGGGAUGCACUCAAAAGCCGUGCCUCACCACACCUGAGAAAGAUCUGUGCUAUUGGGAUUCCUCCAUGGGGUAUCAUUGAGAAUCAGAGGGAUCUCAUUGGAAAAGAUGUAGUUUGCUUGUACCAGACUCUUGGUAACCCACUCAGCAAGCUGAGUACGCUCAACAGCAUGCAUUCUCAUUUUCUAAUGGCAGAUGAUGGGACAGUAGGCAAGUAUGGGAAUGAAAUGAUGCUCAGGAGGAAUUUGGAGAAGUACAUAUCACUUCAAAAAAUACACACAAGAAUGGGCCAAGGUGUUCCCAUAGUUGGGCUGGUGCUGGAAGGAGGCCCCAGUGUGAUCCUGAUGGUGUGGGAGUAUGUGAGGGCCAGCCCAGCUGUGCCAGUGGUGGUCUAUGAGGGCACUGGCAGAGCUGCAGAUAUCCUGGCAUUUGCCCACAAGCACACGGGUGACACAGGGGAUCUGUGCCCUCAGGUGAAGGAGGAGGUCUUAAUGAUGAUUCAGAACAUAUUUAGGUUGGAACAGAAACAGUCCAGUCGUCUAUUUCAAGUUUUGUUGGAAUGCAUGAAACACAAAGAGUCUAUAACCAUAUUUGAUGCUGAGUCAGAAGAUGAGCAGGACAUUGAUUUGGCAAUUCUGACGGCACUCUUGAAAGGUAUGAAUAGAUCUGCUUCAGAUCAGCUAGAUUUGGCAUUGGCCUGGAACCAGCUAGAUAUUGCCAAGAAACACAUACUUGUUUAUGGACAACACUGGAAGGUUGGUGCCUUGGAACAGGCAAUGCUGGAUGCAUUAGUCAUGGAUCGUGUGGAUUUUGUUAAACUGUUAAUAGAACAUGGAGUGAACAUGCACCGUUUUCUUACCAUAUCUCGUUUGGAAGAACUCUACAAUACAAAACAAGGACCAUCAAAUCUACUUUUACACCAUCUAGUUCGAGAUGUGAAACAGAAUAGCUUUUCUUUGGAUUACAAGAUAUCACUGAUUGACAUUGGACUGGUGAUAGAGUACCUCCUCGGUGAAGCUUACCGGAGCAGUUACACAAGGAAGCAUUUCCGAGUUCUCUACAAUGAUCUCUACAGAAAACACAAGAGUAAUCAGAUGGAGAGUGGAAUGGGAUCCACUGAAAGUACUUUGCAUUCUCAGUUCUUCAGAACUGCGCAGCCUUACAAAUACAAGGAAAGAUCCAGCCCUUUCCCAAAGUAUAAGAAGAAAUCAAAAGAGGAUAUAAACUACACAGAGCAUUAUGAGUCAACUGGCUUCAUCUACCCCUAUAAUGACCUCCUGGUUUGGGCAGUAUUAAUGAAAAGACAGAAGAUGGCUAUGUUCUUCUGGCAGCAUGGAGAGGAAGCCAUGGUCAAAGCUGUUGUUGCUUGUAAACUCUACAGAGCAAUGGCACAUGAAGCUAAACAGAGCAACAUGGUGGAUGACACUUCAGAAGAACUCAAGAAGUAUUCAAAGGAAUUUGGGCAGCUUGCCUUAGAUGUGCUGGACAAAGCAUUCAAACAAAAUGAGCAGAUGGCCAUGAAGUUGCUGACCUAUGAACUGAAAAACUGGAGCAACUCAACUUGCUUGAAGCUGGCUGUGUCUGUGGGGCUGCGGCCUUUUGUGUCCCACACAUGUACACAGAUGCUGCUGACUGACAUGUGGAUGGGACGCCUGAAGAUGAGGAAGAACUCCUGGUUUAAGGUCAUUAUGAGUAUUCUUCUGCCUCCCACCAUCCUGAUGCUGGAGUUUAAAAGCAAGGCAGAAAUGUCUCAUGUGCCUCAGUCUCAAGAUUUCCACCAGUUAUGGUACCACGGGGAACAGAGCCCAGUCAGCUCUAAAGAUACUUUGGUUAGUCUGUGAGGAUCAGUCAAGGGUUAUGAUGUGGAAAAGGCUGUUCAGAAGUCUGAUGAAAGCCAAGGAGAUGGUGGACAAGGAAACCUGCCUGGAACUAGAAAAAUCUAUGAGUUCUACAAUGCACCAAUUGUCAAGUUCUGGUUUCACACGAUGUCGUACUUGGCAUUCCUCAUGCUCUUUACUUACACUGUGUUGGUGAAGAUGGAACCAAGACCGAGUGUGCAAGAGUGGCUUGUUAUAAUUUAUAUUUUCACUACUGCUAUUGAAAAAGUCAGGGAGGUAUUUAUCUCAGAACCUGGAAAAUUCUGCCAAAAGGUGAAGGUGUGGAUUUAUGAAUACUGGAAUUUUACUGAUUCUGUAGCUAUCAUCCUGUUUAUGAUUGGUUUUGGUUUGCGGUGGUCCAACCCCCCUGUUCAAACUGCAGGGAGGGUGCUUUACUGCUUGGAUAUCAUAUUUUGGUAUACUCGGCUCCUUGAUCUUUUUGCUGUGAAUCAGCAUGCUGGCCCAUACCUGACAAUGGUUGGGAAGAUGACAGGAAACAUGUUCUAUAUUGUGAUCAUGAUGGCCAUAGUCCUGUUGAGUUUUGGGGUGUCACGAAAGGCGAUUCUUUCACCAGAGGAGCCUCCUUCUUGGACACUGGCACGAGAUAUUGUAUUUCAGCCCUACUGGAUGAUGUUUGGUGAGGUCUAUGCUGGAGAAAUAGAUGUUUGUGAAGCCAAUGAAGACUGUCCUCCUGGCUCCUUUCUCACACCGUUUCUGCAAGCUGUCUAUCUUUUUGUGCAGUACAUCAUCAUGGUCAACUUGCUCAUUGCAUUUUUUAAUAAUGUUUACUUUGAUUUGAAGUCCAUAUCCAACAAGCUCUGGAAGUACAACCGUUAUCGCUACAUCAUGACCUACCAUGAGAAGCCAUGGCUGCCUCCACCGUUCAUCCUCCUGAGCCACAUUGGGCUUCUGAUAAAACGCAUCUUCCACCAUCAGCCCCCAAAUGAGUUGGACCAAGAGGAAGGCGAUGUUGGACUAAAGCUCUACCUGAGUGAUGAGGAGUUAAAGAAACUCCAUGACUUUGAGGAACAGUGUGUAGAAGAAUAUUUUCUUGAAAAGAACGAAAACCUGAGUUCCAGUGGCAGUGAAAGGAUCCGUUUGACCACAGAAAGAGUGGAAGAGAUGUUUCAACAACUUAAAGAAGUGCAUGAGAAGGUAUUUUAUAUCAAGGAGUCUUUACUCUCCCUGGACAGCCAUCUAGGACAUUUGCAAGACCUGUCUGCCCUGACAGUGGACAUCCUGAAAGUGCUUUCAGCUGUAGACACCUUGAAGGUGAAAGAAGCCUUACUGGCUGACACAAAACAUCAAACCUGUAGGAAGCAGCCCCAUAGCUGGAGCAAUGCAUUUUAUUCAAAGACCUUGAGCAGCCUGGAAGGCUUGUAUGACAAGAAAUACCACUAUUACAGCAUGCCACCCUCCCUCUUACGGAGCUUGGUAAGGACUCAGUCUCCAUCACACUGCAAACUCUUGAAGUCUGAGAGUAACAAGGUGGUAGAAGACAACUCUAAAAAAGUAGAAAUAGAAACAGACACACUCACUUCAGGAGUAACUUCUGAGACAAAGUCGACUCCUAGGUAUGGGCAGUUUUUGCUGGUGCCCCCUGACCAUCAGGGAGGGUCUUUUUCUGAGGAUGUCACCUUCAAUUUGUCCUUUUUGAACACUGCUGCCAAGUACAAGGAUGAGGCAUUCAGAGAUGACGUGCAAAGUAGUGUUGUGGUUCCUCAAAACUUGCCAGGUAUCAGCUUCCUUGGCAAAGAAACAGAAGGUUACCAAUGGAGCCAGAGAGAUUUCAUUAUUCAUUUGCCAUCAGAAAAGAUUAAUGCUGCAGAAGCUGCUCAUCCCCUUGAUCUCCAGCUACCGCUGGAUAUUGAAGAAAGUGUAGCAUCCCCCUGUGAAGACAGGGAAGAAACUGAAGGUGGUUAUGUGAACUGGGGAUUCUCUGAAGGUGAUGAAAAAGGAGUUUUCAUCUCAGAUUCAAAGAAGAAAGCUCUGUACCUACCUUCCUCCUAUGACAGGGACAACAAUUGCCAGAAUAAUCUCACCAGGGAUGUCCAGUUAAGUGAUUUGAAGUCUUUCUCCUACAACUCUGUCAAGUCAUGUCACAGCAGCAGCAUCUCUCAGAACAGGCUGAAGCGAAGCAUCUCCUUCUGGAUCAGCCCUCUCUGGAGAAACUGGAGUUUCUGCAGAAGCAACAGUUUACCGUCCCCUAAGAAAGAGAGAUCAGGGAAAGUGUGCAAGGCUAAUCUUCAGGAUCCUGUGAGCUACACCACAGUGAGGCAACAAAAGCAAAACAGCAAAACAGAGACAGAAAUUCUGGGAGAGGAAAGAGGGAUCAAAAACUUCUUCAGGUGCCGGAACAGUUCUGCAGUGAUUAGAGUGGAUGAUUGCCCCCAGAACACUCAAGUGAACUCCGAGCCUGCAGAAAUCAAUGUCUGGGAUGAGCAAGAAAAACACAGCAAGAAUUGGCUCACCGUGUCUAAUUUCAGUCAGCUAAGUUUGGAACGUCUCCAUUACAAGCACCAGAAAAUUAAAAAUCCAGACUUUGAUAUCUUUUCCUGCUUGAAAACAUCUCAAGAUUUGCAUCUUCACUACUCAGCUGUUGAAAGAAACAACUUAAUGAGACUUGCUCAGACCAUACCAUUUACACCAGUCCAGCUCCUUGCUGGAGAAGAAGUGACAGUCUAUCAGCUAGAAGAGACCUCACCUAUGAAUCUUGAUAAAAGCAUGUCUUCCUGGUCCCAGUGCGGCACAACUGCAAUGAUCCAGGUCCUGUCACGGGAGGAGAUGGAUGGGGGUCUGCGGAGGGCCAUGAAGGUCAUUUGCACUUGGUCUGAGAGUGAUGCAUUAAAGCUGGGACAAGUAUUUAUUGUGAAGUCUUUCCUGCCAGAGGUGGUUCAAGCUUGGCAAAAGAUCUUUCACCAUGGCACUGUAUUACAUCUCUGUCUGAGGGAGAUUCAACAGCAAAGGGUUGCCCAGAAGUUAAUCUAUACCUUCAACCAAGUGAAGCCUCAUACUAUUCCCUAUACUCCAAGGUUCCUGGAAGUUUUCCUCAUCUACUGCCACUCAGCAAAGCAGUGGUUGACCAUUGAGAAGUACAUGACUGGUGAAUUUCGGAAAUACAACAACAACAACGGAGAUGAGAUUACUCCCAUCAGCUUGCUGGAAGAGCUGAUGCUGGCCUUCUCUCACUGGACCUAUGUCUACACCCGUGGGGAACUCCUGGUCCUGGAUAUGCAAGGUGUUGGAGAAAACCUUACAGAUCCAUCUGUGAUUAAACCUGAAGACAAAAAGUCUGGAAAGAUGGUAUUUGGACCAGCAAACCUAGGAGAAGAUGCAAUAAGAAACUUCAUUGCAAAGCAUCAUUGUAAUUCUUGCUGCAGAAAGCUGAAACUUCCAGAUUUGAGAAGAAGUGACUAUGCAUUGGAAACUGCUGGUCCAGCCUUCAGAAUAGAAAUGGAAACAAGCACUGAAGAAGCUGAUGAUGCAGAUGAGACUUCUGAGUGUGGUUCACAGCUGUGA